CAGGUAUGCAAUGAGACUGAAGAAUUUCACAGGCUCAGCUGCCAAUGAAGGAGAGAAAAAAGCUAGCAGUAUUAUGUUACCGAUGCCUAUCUUUGCUCUACUUGAGAAUGUUUAAGUUAAAGAAGGACCAUGCUAUGAAAUAUUCCAGAUCGCUCAUGGAGUAUUUUAAGAACUCGUCCAAAUCUUCACAAGCGCCAUCUCCAUGGGGAGGCAAUGGAAAGAAUACAGAGACCCCUUCUCCAAUGUCACUGAGCCCAUCUCCAAUAGGAUCGGCUGGGAACAGCAAUGUGGCCCCAGGCUCCUCUUCUACAGGCACAGUGUCUAUUCCACAGCGAAUUCACCACAUGGCUGCUAGUCAUGUAAAUAUCACCAACAAUGUAUUGCGUAGUUAUGAACACUGGGACAUGGCCGACAAGCUUGCAAGAGAAAAUAAAGAAUUCUUUAUUGACCUUGAUACGGUAAUGGAGCCGUUAACACAACACAGCACCAUGACCGACUUGGUGCGCUAUGUUCGACAAGGACUUCACUGGCUACGCAUUGAAGCGCAGUUAUUGUAG